AUGGUCCAGAAAGCCUGCUUGAAAUGCAAGACCGCUGAUGCCACAGUGCUCAUUCGACAUGCAUACUACUGCCAAACUUGCUUCGUCUAUGCUGUUAUUGGCAAGUACAGGACAAUCAUAAACAAAUCGAAGACGAUCGCACGCAUCAAGGGCAAGGUGUUGCUUGCAUGUUCUGGAGGACCUAGCUCAAUUGCCAUGCUCGACCUGACCAAAGAUUUCAUGCACGUUGAGCCUCAUCAAAAGAAAAAGAUCCAACUAUUGGAGUCAGCUACCAUUUGUCAUAUCGAUGAAUCUGCACUCUUCCAAGAUCAAAAAGACACGGCUGCACAUUUGGAACGGAUAGCCAAGGAGCAUUUCCCAAAGAUGGAUUUUAUCACACAGCCCAUGGAAGACGUCUUUUCCCCUGAAUUUCUUGGUGAUCAAUCGUUUUCAAGUGCAUUGAAGCCAGUGGACGGAUCCAAUGAUUAUGAGCUGUUGACCCAAGUCAUUGAUCAAAAGCUGCCUUCCACUCGCGAUGAAUGUGCCGAAGCAUUAAGAGAUCUGUUUGCUGGUAUUGGGAAGAAUUCGGCCAAGGAAGACCUUUACUGGCACAUUAAACAAGCUAUGUUGGUGAACAUUGCCCGCCGUGAAAAAUGUUCGUAUAUCUUCAUGGCCGAUUCAGCUACACGCCAGGCGAUUAAGAUGAUUUCGAUGACGAGCAAAGGAAGGGGUUAUAGCAUUCCAUUGGAUGUUGGUGCCGAGAACGAUACCAGUUUUUCAGAUGUGGCUAUCUUGAGGCCUAUGAAGGAUAUGUUGGCUAAAGAGAUCGGAUUGUACAAUCGGUUCCGAGGCUUGGAUGACUUUGUUACUGCGCCCACCAACUUUGGUACGAGAGCACCGGUCAAAAGCUCCAUUGAAAAACUCACAGAACAUUUCAUCGCCACACUUGACCGCGGCUUUCCAUCCACUGUGAGCACGAUUUCUCGGACAACAUCCAAAUUGACACCAUCAAGCGAUAUAGACAUGAACCAGACCUGUGCCAUGUGCCAUAUGCCAUAUGAAAAUGGUAUUGAAGAUUGGAGAAGGAGGAUCACUGUUUCACGUGCAAAGGACCAAGAACAAGCACCUGCUCAAGAGACCAACGAUGCUUCACUUGUCGAUGUCAACCAAUCCUUGUGCUACAGCUGCCAAGUUGAUCUGAAAGAUUACAAACCCAACACCAUUGAGAAGCUUCCUCCAUACAUUGCCCAAACGAUUCUUCAAGAAAAGAAGCAAGAUAACCUUAGAGAGCAGAUCAAAGACUUUAUUCUCGAUGACAAUUUAUAA